AGCUAACUAAAACCAUGUUAGGAGAAACCUGCCCUUUUCAAAUAUACCUAUUAACAUGUUUAUCAUUAGUUGAUAAACUAAUGUUACAAAAGGUCAGACAGAAUUAUGUACAUGAUAUUUAUUCUAACAUAUUCAGAUAAAUAAAAAAAAAUUAUAUUCAUUUACACAAAACAUCAUGCCUUGUCAUUUAUCUAAUUGCAAGUACACAGAUUAUACGUAUAUUCCGAAGAAUUUAAUAAAUAAGAAGUUUUAGUUGUUUGUUAGACUUAGGUUAUUUGAUGAAUUGUGUAUUUACAUUUUUAUUAUUUUAAGUUUGGAUUAUAACUAUAUUAUUUCAAAUUUUUAUUACAAAAUUAUCAAUAUGGCUUAUUCAAAGAAUUUAGAUAAUCGAAAAAUUAUAUGUAUUGGAUUAACUUGUCUUGACAUAAUACAAACAUGUACAUAUUAUCCUCCUGAAGAUUCUGAUCAUAGGUCUGUUGAUUAUAGAUGGCAAAGAGGUGGAAAUUCGUCAAAUACAUGUACUGUCCUUUCUUUGUUAGGAAGUCCAUGUGAAUUUUUAGGAGUAUUAAGUAAAGAAGAGCAUAUUAAUUUUUUAAAAAAUGACAUGAAAAAAUAUAAUAUUGAUUUUUCUAAUUGCCCAGAGGUUGAAGGUUAUAGAUGUCCUAUAUCAACAAUUAUAUUAAGCUUAAGUACUGGAACUCGUACAAUUUUACAUUAUAAUCCUAAUCUACCAGAAAUAACAUUAGAAGACUUUGGAUGUCUGAAAUUAAAGAAUUGCAGUUGGAUUCAUUUUGAAGGCAGGAAUAUAACACAAGUUUUAGCUAUGAUGGAAACUAUAGAAAAAUAUAAUAAAUUUAUAAAAUGCAUGAAUAAGCAAGCUGACAAAAUAAUGAAUAAACAAUUUAUGAGAAUUACUGUUAGUUUAGAGUUAGAGAAUCCUCAACGUGAGUUAUUACUUUUAUUACCAUAUGCUAAUAUAGUAUUUAUAUCAAAAGAUUUUGCACAAAGCAGAGGAUGUGAUAAUAUGGAUGAAAUAUUGGAAAAUAUCGGUGCAAGAGCUAGACCAGGGACAAUUCUUAUUUGUGCUUGGGGUGAUAGAGGUGCAAUGGCACGUGCCCCGGAUGGAACUACAGUAAAAUCUCCAGCUUUUCCGCCAGAAAUAAUAGUAGACAGUCUUGGUGCUGGGGAUACAUUUAAUGCAGCAGUUAUACAUUAUUUAAACAAAGUAAAAAUUUCUGCUGAAAAUGAAGAAAAUGACCCUUUAAAUAAUCCCAUUGAAACUUCAAACAUUGGCUUCACGAAAUUUAAUGAUCCAAAUGUUCUACAGGCAGCUAUAAUUUUUGGUUGUCAUGUAGCUGGUGCCAAAAUAGGAAUGAAAGGUUACGAUGGUCUUUUAAAUUACAAAUAAAUUUGUAAAAAAAACAUGCAGAUAUUAAUUUUAUACGGUUCGGUUUUUACCGUUUAGUUAAAAAAAAUGCACCGACUUAUUGGCCAACCUAAUAUUUGUGGUACAAUAUUUUAAUAAAAUAAAUUUAAGAUAUGAAUGUCACGUAUAUUGUGUGUGUGUGUGUGUGAGCAUUUUUAUAAUUAAUAUUUUAUAUUUAAUAUGUAAUACAGAGAUCUGUGAUAUUAGAUCUGAGAGAGAACGGAAACACCAAGGAACCAGAAUAUGUUAUGACGUUCUCUCAGAUUCUAUCAUAUUGAUAUAAAAUAUUUUAUCAUAACUGUUAUUAUAGUAAUAAGUAUUGUGGAAAUAUAAUAUAAUCAA